AUGAAAUUUCAACGUCGUAUUCUUCCUCCACAUUCUUCAACAUAUCUUGAAAUGGAAGAAUAUACUACUCCAUCAAUCUCACAACAAUCAAUUUCAAUUACUGGUUCAGCAAGUGAUUUAAGUGAAAUCGAAAGUGUUUGUAGUUUAUCAGCAAAUCUUCGACAAAAAUCUGAUUCCUUAACAAAUCUUUUUAAUAUGUCAGAAGAUAAUACAUCGUUAUCAAAUUUAAGUAUUGCAUCCUAUUCAUUAUCUCAACAUUCAUAUGAUAAUAGUUCACCAACAAUAUUUUCAUCUAUAUCAUCACAACCCACAUUUGUAAGUAAUGGUUCAGAGAAAACUACACGUUUACGUCGAAGUGUUGGUUCAUCAACAACAAGUAGUCAAAAGAAUUUUUCAAUUAAAACUGCUGAAACAGUUUUAAAUACAAUUGGUAUGCAUACAUCAUCUUCUGAUACAUGUGGUUUAAUUGCACAUGAUGGCAAUAAUAUUGAAAAUAUACAUGAUAAUCAAAAUCAAUAUGAUGAUGAACAAAAUAUUUGUUCAAGUUCAGAUGAAAAUGACAAUGAUAUAAUAACAUCACAAACAAAUCGUGGUUUAAGAAAAACUGUUUUAAAUAAUGUUGAUCGUUUAUUAAAUUCAGCCAAUAAACAAAUCAAAUUAUAA